UUUUGUUUGUAAUUCUGCCGUGAGUUACCUGCCAAGGAAAGCAAGAUAUUGGUAUCGAUUCCAAGGCUUUCGUCAUCUACAAUAUCAAGUCAAUUGUAAAUUAAGCAAGUCCAUCCACUCAAUGUGCAGUCUUCAACUAGUAGUCUUUUGGAUAGUUUGAUUCGGUGGGAGACUGCCAAGAAAAAUUGACUCUCUCCCAUUACAUUGGAUCAAUUCAGUCCAAUUAUUUUAAAAGUAACCUUUUUUUUUUCCGUAUGAAGUUUGUCCCAGCGAGAGUUCCAACAGGUGUGAUGGUUACAACCGCUAACACGGCUUUGAAAAUAAUUCAUUCAUUACAUUAAUUUUCUUAACUUAAAUAAAAAUAAAAUGAUUCUAGCAUUAUGGAAAGUACGCGUGAUUUGAAUUAAUUUUCUUAAUGGAGUAGUAUCUAGGAACAUUCAAAUUGUCUAUAUGUGUUCUGCAAAAACAUACCUCUUUUUUUCACAAUAAAAUUCAUCAAGAUCUUCAAAUUCACAUUAAUUCAUAGUACUGAUCUUGCGAUGGAUCGAACAUACUCCGCAUUGGUUGUGAUGCAUUGGGUAAUGAUGAUUACUUGUUGCAUGUCCAUGAAACACACCGAUAUUGAUACUGAUCAAUCAGCCCUCUUAGCCUUGAAAUACCAUAUUACCUCUGACUCUCUCCAAAUCCUGUAUAAAAACUGGUCUUCUAAUGCUCCAUCCUCCGCUGUUUGUGAUUGGGUUGGAGUUCAGUGCGGAUCCCGACACCGUAGAGUCACUGCUUUAAAUAUUUCGGGCAUGGGUCUUAGGGGCACAGUUCCUCCGCAUUUGGGUAAUCUCUCUUUUCUUGUUUCUCUCGAUAUGAGAAGCAAUUACUUUUAUGGAACUGUGCCUCGGGAACUGUCGCGUUUACCCAGAUUAAGGUUUGUCAGGUUGAGCUACAACAACUUUAGUGGUUCAAUUGCUCCUUUGUUUGGAACAAAACUUCAGUACUUGGAUUUAAGUGAUAAUGAUUUUGGUGGAAUUAUUCCUUCUUCUAUCUCUAACUCGUCUAAUUUAGAAGUUAUGUUUCUUCAGCUCAAUUCAUUUACAGGAAAUAUUCCCAAAGAGAUUGGAAAUAUCCAAACAUUGACUGUUUUGGAUCUCCAAGGGAAUUAUCUCGUUGGUUCAAUUCCUUCUUCCAUCUUCAACAUCUCCAUGUUGGAGGUGCUUGGUUUGACACAGAAUAACUUGACAGGAAGUCUUCCAAAUGAUAUUUGUCAUCAUCUUCCAAAUCUCAAAGAGUUUUGGUUUGCUGCCAACCAAUUAAGUGGUCAAAUCCCUCCAAGUGUAUCCCGUUGUUCGCAACUUCGGACACUACGAUUGUCCUUUAACAAUUUCAACGGAUCGUUACCUAAAGAACUUGGCAACUUGGAGAUGCUGGAAACAUUAUACGUCAAUAAAAACAAUCUACAAGGUACGAUACCACGAGAGAUCGGGAAUCUUUUUAACCUUAGGGGGUUCGUUAUAUCCGGCAACAACAUUUCAGGCCCUAUUCCGAAGGAAAUAGGAAAUUUGACCAUGCUCACCGCACUUGACUUGGGCUUCGGUCUCUUCACAGGUACAUUCCAUAGUUCAUUAAACAAAAUGUAUUCCAUAAUAACUUCAAGUUUGAGCCUUUGAGGUGCCAUGUUAAUUAAUCACCAUAUUUCCUCAAUGCUAAAAUGAUUGUCCUUUUUAUGCACUAAAAAAGUAUUAAAAACAUGAUAAUUAUUUUAAGAUGGAAAGAGUAUUAUUAAUAUUAAUGUCCAAGGAUCAUUGAUUAUUUGAUAGGGGCAAUGCCCGAAGAAAUAUGCAACCUUCAUAGGCUGGAGUACUUUUAUGCGGACUUUAAUGACUUAAACGGCCCCAUACCAACAGGGAUUUUCAAUCUCUCAACAUUGAUUGAGCUUGUACUAAAUUUUAAUCACCUCAUCGGAAAUCUUCCAUCAAAAAUUGGUGAUCAAUUGCCUAAUCUAAACUACCUUGACCUAAGCUGGAAUAACUUCAGUGGAGUUAUUCCAGUUUCAAUUGGAAAUUGUUCAAGACUAUCCUUUCUACAUCUUGGCCACAACCAGUUCAUUAAUACAAUUCCCAAAUCCCUUGGAAACCUUGAAUAUUUACAUUUCCUUACUUCCCUGACAAACUGCAAGUCUUUGAAGGUGCUAAUUGUGGCUGAAAAUCCACUCAAUGGGAUCAUUCCGAAUACCAUUGGUAAUCUUUCUUCCUCCCUUCAAAAAUUUUAUGCAUCGGUAGCAAACAUCACAGGCCCAAUACCUAGAGAAAUUGGCAAUCUAAGUAGCCUAAUAACCGUUUCUCUUGAGGACAACCAGUUGAGUGGGGGUAUUCCAAGUUCAAUGCAGCAAUUAAGAAAUCUUCAACUAUUGUCUCUUGAUCAAAACAAAAUAGGGGGGAAUUUGGAUUCCUUGUGCCAAUUGCACAAAUUAUCUGGCCUCUUUCUGGAUGAGAACCAAGUUUCUGGGACAAUUCCAAACUGUUUUGGCAAUAUAACCUCUUUGAGGAAUCUUUAUCUACGUGAAAACUUACUUACCUCAACCAUUCCGAUGAGCCUUUGGAAUCUCAAAGAUCUCAUUGUUUUCAACCUUGCAUCAAAUUCCUUCAAUGGAUCAUUGCCUCCAGAGAUUGGAAAUUUAAAGGCUACAAUAACCAUUGACUUGUCAGGGAAUCACAUAUCAGGGGCCAUCCCCAACACAUUGGGUGCUUUACUGAACUUACAAAACCUCUCCUUUGCAAACAACCAAUUGGAAGGAUCAUUACCAGAGUCAUUAGGUAACAUGGUAAGUUUAACCUCCUUAAACUUAUCGCAUAAUUAUCUCUCCGGUUUGAUCCCUAAGUCAUUAGAGGCAAUUAGCUCUCUCCAGGUAUUUGAUGUUUCAUCUAACUAUUUAGUUGGUGAAAUUCCUUCCGGAGGAUGCUUUAGAAACUUCACUAGUAAAUCCUUCAUCAGCAAUGCUGCAUUAUGUGGAGAUCCCAGAUUCGAGGUUCCCCCAUGCAAAAUUAGUAAGAAACAUAGAUUAUAUGGGAAAAAGUUGGUUUCACUCAUAUUGAUCCUCGCAGCGAUUUUUAUCUUGGUUAUUGUUGCUUUGGCAUGCAUCUUUUUGGUGUAUCUAAGAAAGAUCAAGGUUCCAAGUCCACAAGAUGUGCCUGUUGUGGCCUCAAUGGAAAGAAUUUCAUACUAUGAACUUCUACAUGCAACAAAUCAGUUAGGUGAGAGUAACUUGCUUGGCUCGGGGAGUUUUGGAUCAGUUUAUAAAGGGAUUCUUAAUGAUGGAAAAGUUGUGGCUAUCAAAGUAUUUAACUUACAACUCGAAGGUUCAUUGAGGCAUUUUGAUGCAGAGUGUAAAGUGUUAUGCAACCUUCGCCAUCGAAAUCUUGUAAAAGUUAUUAGCAGUUGUUCCAACCAAGAUUUCAAGGCUUUGGUGCUUGUAUACAUGCCGAAUGGGAGCCUUGAAACAUGGUUGUAUUCUCACCAUCUUUUCUUGAAUAUGUCGAAAAGAUUGAACAUAAUGAUUGAUGUGGCAUACGCUUUGCAAUAUCUUCACCAAGAAUAUUUAACACCAGUCAUUCAUUGUGAUUUGAAGCCGAGCAACAUUCUUUUGGAUGAAAACUUGGUUGGUCAUGUAAGCGAUUUUGGAAUCACUAAAUUUUUGAGGAUGGAUGAAAGCUCUGCAUUGACAAAAACGCUUGCCACCAUCGGUUACAUUGCACCAGAAUAUGGAAGGGAAGGAUUGGUUUCGAAAGCUUGCGAUGUCUUCAGCUACGGGAUCCUUCUAAUGGAAGUGUUUACUGCAAAAAGGCCGAAUGAUGAAAGUUUUGGAGAAAAUCUAAGCUUAAAGAGUUGGGUGAGGGAUUCGAUGUCUGAUUCCAUUGUUGAAGUUAUCGAUCCAAAAUUGUUUAGAGAAGAACGUUCCUAUUCCCAUGAGUUAAUCCCGGGGUGUGUAUCCAUGAUCAUGGAAGUGGCCUUGAAUUGUGUUUGUGAAUCUCCGAAGGAAAGGCUUACCAUAAGUGAAAUUGUUGAUUCACUCAAGAAGAUAGAAAGAAGAUAUAUUUCAUUCCACAGACAUGGAGGCAUUCAAUUGUAGUUCUCUUUUUCUUUUUCAAAAAAUAUGUUCAUCUGGAAUAACUUUAAGUCGAAACGAAUGUCAUCUUGCCGAGGUAAAUGGAUCUCAACUCCCAUUGUUCCCAACCUGGAUUCUUUCUGCCUGAGAAUGAUGAAUGAGCAAUAAUGCAUUGAUUCCCUAAGUUUGUAUAUAGAUUGUAUUGUAAUCACAGUACGUACUGAGGGAGCAUUAAAGUAAAGUAAGAACAAACAAAUAAAAUAGGCCUGAAAUUGACUCACAAUCAAAUAAAAUGUAAUUGCAAAUAAAUCACUAACUGUAACGUACAUUCCAGCCGCAAGAAUGAAGU